GUCGCGUGAUCAACAUCUCGUCCCCCCAGGGGCUAGUGGGCACCCCCAGUCUGGGGGUUUACUGUGCCUCUAAGUGGGGGGUCGAGGGGUUCACGGCGGCGCUGCGCAGAGAGCUCGCGCAGCAGCAAGUCAAGGUUGUCACGGUCAGGCCAUGCAACAUCCCCCACAUGACCGGCAUCAUGGAAGGCAACGCUCGUCUCCUGGAGCAGAUGAAAGCAGACCUCCACCCGUACACGGCGGCUGACCAGGGACGUGAGCUGGAUGACAUGAUCCAGCAGUUCCAAGUCGCUUACUCGUCACGAAAAACGCACGAAUUCAAUGGUUCUUCAGGGACCAACACGAAUAUAAAUAAGAAUGAAAACGGAAGGCCAGUUUCCGUAGAUUUACCGCGAGCAUCUGCCACAGCAAUGGAGUCUAUAGACAUUGGAAAUAUCAAGUCGGCUGAACAUAAGGAACAUUUCCUGAGGAAGCGACAAAGCCGCAAUAAAGAUAGCAAUGAUUCAUCAGGAAACUGUUUUGAAGAGGAAAACGUCAGCGAAGAAGAAGAAGAAGCAGGAAGUCGACUGAUACUUGAGAAGAGAACACCGAGAAUCGAAGCGGUGGCUGAUUUCAUCCCAGGCGACCCUCUGCUCAUACAGUGCAUCAA